AUGGAGCAACCAGACGUUUCAAACCCGUUGGCUCCAAAUGAUGGAGUUUAUCCAUCUGAGGAACAGCGCGGCCGACAGCCCCUGUCAAACAGCGACUUUCGGAAACUCCUCAUGACUCCGCGACCUGUUCAACAGCAGAAAGCUUCGGCUGGCGGCUUCAAGGAUCCCUCAGAGUCAGUACGUUCUUUCUCAGGUCGCUCCGAAGCUCGUGGGCGACCCAUUGAUCCUGACUCGCAGCCAGCACGAUCGAAGGGCAGAUCCUCACAUAAACGGCACCACGGUGUGAAACACCGCAAAUCAUCCAACCGUGACGAAUCUGGGGGUGUAGCUGGUGGUACUGACGGUGAGGGAGGGGGCAUGCAGUAUCGUGACCGUGCCAGAGAACGCCGAGAAGGUCGAAUUCCUGGUCGCGGUGAGGGUGUCGACGCAGGUGACGACGACCACGACGUGGAGCAGGACGAAGAUAUGCUGAUGAGAACGGCUGAUUAUCGGGCUGUUGCUCCCACUACUGCUGCUGGUGCUUCUCACGCUGAGCGACGCCGUGAAAUCAUCAAAGAAUCCAAAUAUUUGGGUGGUGAUAUGAAGCAUACCCAUCUUGUAAAGGGUCUUGACUACGUUCUAUUGCAGAAAGUACGCAUGGAGAUUCAAAGCAAGGAGCAAGAGGCAGAUGAAUUGUUAAAUUCUGAGCUGCAGAAACCGCUGGACAGGAAAGAGGAGGGCUUGCAAUUUCGUACCCGCCUUGCAGCCAACGUUUUUGAGAUUCUUUUCAAGAAGGACCUGCCUGUUCGAAACGAGUACUUCCAGCCUGGCCGCAUGGCAUAUCGAGUGGACUUGGAAGAUGAGCUCGCGGAAUUCGACGUACCGGCUACAGUUAUCCGUAGCAAGGCGGACUGCCCCUACGUUGAUCAACAGGAGUCAGGAGCCAUGACCACUAACGACAUUGUCAUAAAUAAGCUCACUCAGAUUUUCUCCUAUCUCCGAGCCGGCCGUCGUCAGGCAAAAAAGGCCAAGGCUAAGCUACGGAUGGCUCCCAAUGACCCUGAAGUAGACUAUCCUGAAGUGGUUGCUGAAAAUAAAAAUCGGAAACCGGGUAUGUGACAAAACCACUGCUUUCUUAGACUGCCGUAACUCAGGUAUUAGCGACUUUGUUUUGCUGCCUCUUACGGCUCCCACUGAUUGUCUUUUUCCACUUUCCCUAUCUAUUGGCUACGUAGAUUGUAUGCACACUUUUUGUCUUGAGAUGAUCUUUCAUUUUCUAGUUGUGCACGUUCCCAUCUAUGACGAUGUGCCCAGCGAAUAUCUUCCUCCGGCCCCCUCUGCUACGCGUUCGGGCGCAACCAAUCAGACCCAGUCAUCUGGGAAGGCCGCACCUCGGCCCGACCGGCACGGAGACGCUGAGCGUCGGUGGGACAAACCUUCUCAGGGUGGUGAACAGCCCAAGUCGCGUUAUUUUGAACGCCCCGAGCCAGAGGCCGGCCGUGAAGGGGACACAGGCGCCAACAUGCCUGUCAAUGGGUCAAUAGCCGCGACCAAUGAGUUUAUACGAGAGUUGGCUGUCAAGUACGGGCCUAGAGAGGACGAUGAACAGGUUAAAGAGAAGGUAAGGGUGUUGUUUUAGUUAACGGUUUGAUUUUUUAGGCGAUAGUUCCAUAUGCUGUCAGCUUUGCUUGGUUUGCCAGGUCUGGUCAUUCCCAAUCUUGCCUGUUUUAGUUUUCAUUAGGUUUCUUGGGAAUUUGCGUAUCAGGCGAGACUCCAACAACCGCCAUGUUUGUUUGUUCGAGGUUGCUUUCCUCAGGGAUGUGACGCGUUAGCACCCGACCUCACACCGACGACUUCAAAAGAAGUUAUUUAGCGUAGCUUCAUGACCGCCAUGUUACAGUGCCAUCACCAGACCUUGCGGUGCUUUAUAGGGUAAUACGUUCUACAAAGUUCAGCCAUUCGCGUCGUAGUAGUAGUUCCGACACUACUCUGCGGCUACUUAUUCGUCAGACAUUAGACGGUGCCUAUUUCUCACGUAGCCUUCAUUGAAGGCCAUUUUAUUGAGCCUGCUGACGCGUCAGGUAGCUGAGAGCCGAGAAAGUGGACAGUUGUCUUCCUGUAUUCAGUGGUCUAUGCUGCGCUCUAUUGUGUAUCUCGUCAACAAACAGCCAUUCCUGACUGUAUUUACCACUGGGUAGUCUUGUCUUAUCUUACACUAUACUACCUCUUACUACUUUCCACAAAAAGUUGCCGGCUUUACGUACAAACCGUACAGCGGAAAUUUAACAUAUACUACUGGGGUAAAAGUUUUCCCCUAGGUAAAUUAGAUUUCAAUGGAAAGUCAGUACGUGGCUGUUUGGCAUCUAGCAUAAGAAUCCGUCAGAUGUUAUUAUGGAACCCCCACUUAAGCACUCUUUACCGUACCAAUGUUUUUAUGUUUCAGGAGCCUCGGUACUUGACAUAAUUAAUGAUUGAAAAAGCUAUUUAGUCGUCUAAGAUUCUCGUAUGGAAGUCGUAUUUCCGGUUUGUCUGUGUUAAAGCUUAUCUGUCACAAAAUUUGAGGGCGAGGACCGCAUCUUUCUGCAUAAAGGGAACUUCCACAGUCGGAUUACGGUACCACGGGGAAGUUUAUUUUGUCGCCGACUGACACAAUUCCCUAUCGGUGAACACCACACUCCUUUUGAAGACGGACCAAAACUGAUUCGUGUCGAACCAUUGUUUCCAAUCAUUGACAGAACCAGGUUUUUUUCAUCCAAGACCGCGCUCUCCGUUGUCUUAUCAUCGCUGUCCCCACACAAAUCGUGUGUUUGUCAGAUUUACAACUUUUCCACGUCGUGUAUGAGGCUCGGCCUUUGGACUCUAAAUCCCGAACUACUGUGCACGAUGAGGUCACAGAUGAAAUGAUUGGUCAGAAUGGAAGCACGAUAAGUAUUGACGAUUCGUGACAUUGAUGAGUCCCUUAUCAAAGUGUGUAUUUGAAGAAGAUUCGAUUGAAUUCGCGUCACAAUUAUCCGUGUCUUCCAAUUAGACGGGGUUUGCUUACGUUCUGGGUUGGGCCUUGACUUUUGUGCGCAGCGUUAUAAUUGGCUGUUGUGGAGACUUCAGUUCGUUUAUUUUUCCGUCGAAAAUGUUCUCGCUUUGAAUCAAACGUGCGUGAUCAAAGCCGAGGUUCCUCGGCCCACUGGAACACUGCUAUCUAAGACCUUUGUUUUGGACUUUGAAUUUGCCUUGUUAGUGCAUCCGCGUAUUCCCAUUUGCACUUUAUUCCCAUACAGGCCAGUCUGGAACGGUUGCUUAAAAAGUCGGAGAUCUCAGGCUACGACGAGUGCUAUCCUGGUUUUGCUGAGUCCUACGAUGCGAUGGGGGACUCAGACGACGAGACUGAUUUCAGCAAAAUGGAUCUAGGCAACAAGAAAGGUCCCAUCGGGCGUUGGGACUUUGAAACCCAGGAGGAGUAUGGCGAAUACAUGUCAAACAAGGAAGCCAUGCCGAAGGCCGCCUUCCAGUACGGCGUGAAGAAGCCCGAGGGCCGACGUACUCGCCGACUGGGUGGCGGCGGGAGUGGUCCAGGUCAACAACGCAACGACAAAGUCGAUCGCGAGUGGCAGCAGAUUCAGGCCAUCAUCAGCAAGCGAAAGCAACAAGCAGAUGACGAUGGGCCCCAGUCUAAGGCUGCCAAGCACUAA